GGGGGAAAGGAAAGGUGCCGGGGUGUCGCACGCGAACUUCAGUGGGACUGGGCAAGAGACGAGGAAGAGCAUAUGGUGCUGAGGGAGAGAUGGAGAAAUGGGGAGAAAUGAGAAAGUUCUCCGUUCUUCUGUUUUGGACACGUUCUCCACGACAUUAUAUCCUGGAGGAAUAUACAGAGUGGUGAAGAAGGGGAAGAAGGACAAGAAGACCAAAAAGACGUUCUUUGAAGAGCUGGCAGUGGAAGACAGACAGGCUGGGGAAGAAGAGAAAGUGCUCAAGGAGAAGGAGCAGCAGCAGCAGCAGCAGCAGCAGCAGCAAAAAAAGAAACGAGACACCCGAAAAGGCCGGUGGAAGAAGGAUGUGGAUGAUGAUGGAGAGGAGAAAGAGCUCAUGGAGCGUCUUAAGAAGCUCUCAGUGCCAGCCAGUGAUGAGGAGGAUGAGGUGCCUGCCCCAAUACCCCGAGGAGGGAAGAAGGCCAAGGGUGGUAAUGCUUUUGCAGCCCUGAUUCAGGAUCAGAGUGAGGAAGAGGAGGAGGAAGAAAAAUAUCCUCCUAAGCCUGCCAAACCAGAGAAGAAUCGGAUCAAUAAGGCUGUAUCUGAGGAACAACAGCCUGGACUCAAGGGCAAAAAGAGAAAGGAAGAGAAGUCAAAAGGGAAGGCUAAGCCACAAAAUAAAUUUGCUGCUCUGGACAACGAAGAGGAGGAUGAUGAAGAAGAAGAAAUAACAAAAGAAAAGGAGCCUUCCAAACAAGGGAAGGAGAAGGUGAAGAAGGCAGAGCAGGGUUCAGAGGAAGAAGGAGAAGGGGAAGAGGAGGAAGAGGGGGAGUCUAAAACUGAUGAUCCCUCUGCUCACCUUAGCAAAAAGGAGAAGAAAAAGCUGAAGAAGCAGAUGGAGUAUGAGCGCCAAGUGGCUUCAUUAAAAGCAGCCACUGCUGCUGAAAAUGACUUCUCCGUGUCCCAGGCGGAGGUGUCCUCCCGCCAAGCCAUGUUAGAAAAUGCAUCUGACAUCAAGCUGGAGAAGUUCAGCAUCUCGGCCCACGGCAAGGAGUUAUUCGUCAAUGCAGACCUGUACAUUGUAGCCGGCCGCCGCUACGGGCUGGUGGGACCCAAUGGGAAAGGCAAGACCACACUCCUCAAGCACAUCGCCAACCGAGCCCUGAGCAUCCCUCCCAACAUUGAUGUGUUGUUGUGUGAGCAGGAGGUGGUAGCGGAUGAGACGCCAGCAGUGCAGGCUGUUCUUCGAGCUGACACCAAGCGAUUGAAGCUGCUGGAAGAGGAGCGGUGGCUUCAGGGACGGCUGGAGCAGGGGGAUGACACAGCUGCCGAGAGACUAGAGAAGGUAUAUGAGGAAUUGCGGGCUACUGGGGCAGCAGCUGCAGAGGCCAAAGCACGGCGGAUCCUGGCUGGCCUGGGCUUCGACCCUGAAAUGCAGAAUCGGCCCACACAGAAGUUCUCAGGGGGCUGGCGCAUGCGUGUCUCCCUGGCCAGGGCACUGUUCAUGGAGCCCACACUGCUGAUGUUAGAUGAGCCCACCAACCACCUGGACCUCAAUGCUGUCAUCUGGCUCAACAACUACCUCCAGGGCUGGCGGAAGACGUUGCUGAUUGUCUCCCAUGACCAGGGCUUCCUAGACGAUGUCUGCACUGAUAUUAUCCAUCUCGAUGCCCAGCGGCUUCAUUACUAUAGGGGCAAUUACAUGACUUUCAAGAAGAUGUACCAGCAGAAGCAGAAAGAGCUGCUGAAGCAGUAUGAGAAGCAGGAGAAAAAGCUGAAGGAGCUGAAGGCUGGUGGCAAGUCCACCAAGCAAGCUGAAAAGCAAACAAAGGAAGCUCUGACUCGAAAGCAGCAAAAAUGCCGACGGAAAAACCAGGAUGAGGAAUCCCAGGAGGCCCCUGAGCUCCUGAAGCGCCCCAAGGAGUACACUGUGCGCUUCACUUUCCCCAACCCCCCGCCACUCAGCCCUCCUGUGCUGGGUCUGCACGGUGUUACAUUUGGCUACGAGGGGCAGAAACCACUCUUUAAGAACCUGGACUUUGGCAUUGACAUGGACUCAAGGAUCUGCAUCGUGGGCCCUAAUGGCGUUGGGAAGAGCACACUGCUCCUGCUGCUGACUGGCAAGCUGACACCAACCCAUGGAGAGAUGAGAAAGAACCACCGGCUGAAAAUUGGCUUUUUCAACCAGCAGUAUGCAGAGCAGCUGCACAUGGAGGAGACACCCACUGAGUACCUGCAGCGGGGCUUCAACCUGCCCUACCAGGAUGCCCGCAAGUGCCUGGGACGCUUUGGCCUUGAGAGUCACGCCCACACCAUCCAGAUCUGCAAACUCUCUGGUGGGCAAAAAGCCCGAGUUGUCUUUGCAGAGCUGGCCUGUCGGGAGCCGGAUGUCCUCAUCUUGGACGAGCCAACCAAUAACUUGGACAUAGAGUCUAUUGAUGCUCUGGGGGAGGCCAUCAAUGAAUAUAAGGGUGCUGUGAUCGUCGUUAGCCAUGAUGCCCGACUCAUCACAGAAACCAACUGCCAGCUGUGGGUGGUGGAGGAGCAGAGUGUUAGCCAAAUCGAUGGUGAUUUUGAGGACUACAAGCGGGAAGUGUUGGAGGCGCUGGGUGAAGUCAUGGUCAACCGACCCCGAGAGUGAACUCUCCUUCCUAGAAGUCUCCUGAGAGACAAGCUCAUGUGGCCUACAAGUCAUCUGUUGUCUCCCUUCCUCCACUUGGGAGAAAGAGCAGAGCCUGCCUCUGGUCUGCAGCUGACCCAGCAACCACCACUGGAACACAUGAAGGUGGAGCGUUGCCUUGGUGUGACCAGGAUACCACUUUGAUUGCUUCCUUUUCUCUGAAAGACUUGUCUGUUCUGCUUUUAUUCUGAUAACUGAGCUGGCCUUAUCCUUGACAUCCCUCUCUACAAACAGAGGUGAUCUUCAUUAUUGUGGGGUUUCAUCCAGCCAAGCUUAUGUGGCCUGUUGUCUUAAGAGUCAUCACUCAGACACCUGUCUCUGGUCCAUCUUAAGGCUUAAGGCCCAGCUGCCCACCUGGUCUUUGAGUGGUGCUGUUCUUUUCUGGUGGAUUUAGUGGUGACUUACUGACACAAAUAUCCGUUGAAGCUCAGAGCUGUAGGCGAGUGUUUGAGACCUGUGCUGUUACCCAGCCCAAGAUUUGGUGCCUGCAGUCUCUUGUCUGGUUGGGGACUUAGGGUCAGGAAAGGAAUGCUGCUGAACUUGAAUCUCCUUUUACAAGGGGAAGAAAUAAAAGAGUUGCUGCCCGUCCUGUCACUGUUUGGAGAUUCCUGGGAGUUGGAACUAUUCUCAUUCUUGAUUUGCUUUAUUCAAUUUUCUAGCAGUUUUUAGUAUCCUUUCUUUCCCACUAAUACAGAUGGAUCUAAUUGGCUGUCAUACUGCACUUUAGAUGGUGUUUGCUUUUUGAGGAGCCUACCUCCCCUCCCCCAACCCUUCAGACAAGGAAAAGGGAAAGUGACUCAUUUCUUCCAUCUUGGAUACUUGGGUCUCUCACUGCCCAAACUAACCUCAUGAAUGAGGAAGUUCUAUGCCUCGUGGUCAGGGACCAGAGGACUAAUCCUCAAAAAUCAUUAAAUCCAGCCAACUCAGAUGUACAGUACUAUGGGGUAUACAAGAAGGAAAAGACAAUAUCUGCUUCAUUAAUAGUCUGCUUAAAGAAGAUUUGAAAAAUAAAAGCACGAGGGUAGUAUAAUAUGAUUAAUUGACAAAUACGUAGUACUCUAGAUUCUAUAUCACCACAUGUUCAAAACAGGGAAGGAUUAUUCAGGGCUUAGUUACUUGGCACAAUCACUUGAGGGUGAACCUCGAAAAAUAGUAAGGAUUUGAAUAAUCAGGGAACAGGGAGCUAUUUUUCAAAACUAGGAAAAGAACAGAUCUAAAGCUUAGAAGGAAGAAGAAACUUACAGAGUUAAUGAGUGAACAUGGCUGGUGUGGUUGGGGAGAUAGGUUUGGAAAGUAAAAUACAGGGUUUUUUUUUAUGGUAUUUAGGUGGUGAUGUGCAAGGUGGACUAUAGAAACUUUUGGUAUGGUGAUGAGGUGACUAAAUCCUGAACUAGCUUAGGAGAGAGGGAUGGAAAGAAAAGGACAGAUGGAAAGAGCUACAUAUGGGGAUUGGGGAGCAAAGAGAAUGAUCAGGAGAUGGAUCCAGUUUCAGGGGGAAUACGAAGAGCUAUUUGGUUAAGACUUACUGUGUUGGGGCAUGUAAUUUUUGGAAAUUAUUUUCUGAUCAAGUGAAUAAAUACUGUACCUUAAGCACAAGGUUCAUACUGGAAACAAAGGUUUGGCAUGGAGAUAGUUGCACAGGUGCAGUCAGGGGAUACUCUAAAGAUAAACACCCGCUCUUAAGGAAUUUGAGGGGGGAAAAAUCAGGGUCUGUGCCAAGCAGCUGAUUAUGUUAUAUGUAAAGUAAUUUCCACAGUUCUGUGGAGUACAUCUAUCUAUUACAGAACAGUGGGAGCCAGGCUUCAAGUCCGCUCACUGGUGGUGUGACCUCAGACAAGCCACUUGGCCUCUUGGCCUCGUCUGUAAAAUGAAGAUGAUAAAAAAUACCUACCUCAUAGGGUUAUUAGGAGAUUAGUUGUGUAUUAUUUGUAAAGUGCGUUACAUUCUUUUA